ACCAAUUCUACGCUAAGAUGCAGCAUGGUUGGCAUGAAAAGCAGAAGUCCUUUUGAUUGAACACAUCUUUGUGUGGCUGGCCGAGCCUGCCCGCACCCCGCGUAGUCCGUGGAUGGCCGUGCGGCCCAGAACAGCCUCAAGACUCGAUCCCGCCUGCGCGUACCUUGCACCCACAACGAGCAUUUCGCGACCAACGGCGGGUCACCCGGCUCCCCUUCCUCGCACCUUCCAGAACAUCUCAAACACCAAACGCAACAGUCAUCCGUACAGCACCUCUCUCACCGCCACACGCCACACCACACCAUUUGCGCCUUCAGCAAUCCAGCAGCAACACGCGUCAAUCACAAGGGCGCAUUACUUCCCGGCGCAGCCAUCUGGGUCAUCUUUUUCAGCGCAACUUCAAACAGCUUCUGUACGGCAGCCCAGCAGCUCUUGCGCUUUCGCCCUCAUCAGCAACCUCAACCGUUACUGCUCAGGCACUACUCGUGGAGCGCAACUAACAGCCUCAUCAUUAUCAUCAGCAGCUGAAAACGCCCAGGGGGAUUACUACGGUGAUCACGGGGACAGCAGCAACAGUAGCAUGGGAAGAAGCGGUAGUAGUAGAAGUGCGCCCGCGAGCACGAAUGACCCACGGGACAGUCCGCAGCCGAAAGCUGCUGGCCAAUGCGCUCGGAAUGGCGACGUCGCCGUUCGUAUCCUCUCGGUUGUCAAUGACUUGACCAAGUGGGUGGUGUCUGGCGCGGUGUUGUGUGUGCUGCUGGCCCGGAGGGACACCGCGGUGGCGUGGGCGGUACUGGGGGCCAUCAUCGCGUCAUUCCUCAACAAGGCACUCAAAUACAUAAUCAACCAGCAGCGCCCCGCCGCCGCACGCAAGGCCGACCCGGGGAUGCCCUCCUCACAUGCAAACAGUCUGGGCUUCCUGGGCUGCUACACGGCGCUCUCACUGGCUCGCAACUCGCCCGGCGGGGCGGCGGCGGUGCUGGGGUUGAGUCUGUUCCUGACCUGGCUCCGAGUGCGUCUGGGCUACCACACCACUCCCCAGGUGGGUGUACGGCACCCGGGGGGCGUACGGCACCCGGGGGGCGUACGGCACCCGGGGGGCGUACGGCACCUAUGGGGCGUACGGCACCUAGGGGGCGUACGGCACCUAGGGGGCGUACGGCAGUGGGCUGCUGCUGCUGCUGCUGCUGCGGGGGUUCUCAGUCGCCUGCACACCUGCAUGCGGACUUGCCUGGGGGACCCCAGUAUGUUGUAUUCCCGAUAGGAUUCCCAUGUCAAUUGCUUCCUGGUAGGAAGAUCUUGCCGCGCAUCUCUUCCACACUUCCAGUCCAGCAGCAGAACGGCACGGUCACCAUCCUCGCACCUGCUGCGGCGCUUGGAUGGGGCGGCUCCGCAAUGCUGUACCGGUAACCGAAACCCACGUGUUACCCACGUAAUACCUUCACCUUUCCAGAUUCCCUCCUAACUGACCCCCCAACACCCCGAACCUUCUCUAAACCUUCUCCUCAACAUUAAACUGAUCAGGUUAUUGUUGGCUACGGUCUAGGAGCCGCAACUGCAGCCGCCUGGCAGCAUCUUGCGCACCGGCACGUGCUAGAGGCGCUAACCGCCAACCGACAACAUGCGCUUGUGUUGUACGGUUGUACGGGAGCGGCUGUAGCGCUGUUUGCGAUCCGUAACGUGUUGGCGUGGUAUAAGGAGCGGGUGGGGGGCUUGGCGUCGUCGAAGACGGCGUGAUUCAGACGGACGGACGCACGUAUCAGUGAUGCUGGUGGAGGGGUAGGUACUAAACCUGUAUGUGUGGAUUACACGUAGUAAAUGUAUUGAGGUGCGUGCUGGCAGCGCGUGCUAGAGGAGCGGGGAGGAGACGAAGGGCGUAGUGAGAGGAUGCAAACAAUGCGGUAUUUAUUAAAGGAAGUGCUUGAAGCGUUGAGGAAAGGUUGUGUAGGUAGGCGUAUGUUAGCUGAAAUUGGGUGUUGCAUUUGCUGCGGCAUGAAACAAACAUGGAAGCAACAAACAAGCAUGGAAGCUACCACCGCUUCCAAAGGGUAAACGCGUGCAGCAGGCGAUGCCGACGACAGUACGACACCACAAGCAAUAUCGUAC